GGGUGUCGUUAAUGUUCGGGGCCGCCGGGCGCCAACCGAUCGGAGCUCCAGCCGCCGGGAACAGCUGGCAUUUCAGUCGAACCAUGGAAGAACUGGUUCAUGAUCUUGUCUCAGCAUUGGAGGAGAGCUCAGAGCAAGCUCGAGGUGGAUUUGCUGAAACAGGAGAUCAUUCUCGAAGUAUAUCUUGCCCUCUGAAACGCCAGGCAAGGAAAAGGAGAGGGAGAAAACGGAGAUCAUAUAAUGUUCACCACCCAUGGGAGACUGGUCACUGCUUAAGUGAAGGCUCUGACUCUAGUUUAGAGGAACCAAGCAAGGACUAUAGAGAGAAUCACAAUAAUAAUAAAAAAGAUCACAGUGACUCUGAUGACCAAAUGUUAGUGGCUAAGCGCAGGCCAUCAUCAAACUUAAAUAAUAAUGUACGAGGAAAAAGACCUCUGUGGCACGAAUCUGACUUUGCCGUGGACAACCUUGGGAACAGAACUCUGCGCAGAAGGAGAAAGGUAAAACGCAUGGCCGUGGACCUCCCACAGGACAUCUCUAACAAACGGACAAUGACCCAGCCCCUUGAAGGUUGUAGAGAUCAGGACAUGGACAGUGAUAGAGCUUACCAAUAUCAAGAGUUUACCAAGAACAAAGUCAAAAAAAGGAAAUUGAAAAUAAUUAGACAAGGACCAAAAAUCCAAGAUGAAGGAGUAGUUUUAGAAAGUGAGGAAAUAAGCCAGACCAGUAAGGACAAAAUGGACUACGAAGAGCAAAAAGUCUCAGACGAACUCAUGAGUGAAAGUGAUUCCAGCAGUCUCAGCAGCACCGAUGCUGGUUUAUUUACCAAUGAUGAGGGAAGGCAAGGUGACGAUGAGCAGAGUGACUGGUUUUAUGAGAAGGAAUCAGGUGGAGCAUGUGGCAUCACUGGGGUCGUGCCCUGGUGGGAAAAGGAAGAUCCUACCGAGCUUGACAAAAAUUUACCAGAUCCUGUCUUUGAAAGUAUCUUAACUGGUUCUUUCCCUCUUAUGUCACAUCCGGGAAGAAGAGGUUUCCAAGCUAGACUCAGUCGCCUUCAUGGACUGCCUUCCAAGAACAUUAAAAAAUCAGGAGGGACCACAGCUUCAAUGGCUACAAACUGGACCAGUGAGAUUCCCCUAUAAACCAAAUCUUCUAAUGCUAAU